GGCACAGGAAGGGAUUUUCUCCAUGGAAUUGACUACAGUCACCCUUCAUUGACCCCUCACAAUCGCCAAGAUACCUCGUCAUCAUACUCUGGCAAAUGAGCCACUUUCGCUAUUUUACCUGUCGACUUUGUAUACCUGGCUCUUGCCCAUGGACGACCACAGGAUUCUCCAUCGCAGAUUCAUCUUAGACUCGAACUAAAAAAGCACCCAUGCCCUCAUCAUUUAAUAUUCCUACUGCAUACGCCGGUACUUCGCUUCCUCCGUCAUGAACGGGUCGUUCAAACUAAUUGUGGACCCUUGUCUUACCGACAAGCUGGUAUUCACAGAUGGCGCCUACUCAAACAAUGGUCGGCCCAGUGCGACCUAUGAAAUAGGCAUAGUCGUGAGCCGCAUUUCUAAAGAUCGAGGGCGGAUCCCAAUUGAUGAUUCUAUCGAUCCCGGUUGCCCUAGGACGAGUCAACGGGCAGAGUUGGAAUCGAUUCACGGGCUAACUGAAAUCCACAAGGAGGAAAUAGAGAUGACCCUACGAGAUGGGAAGCAUCGUCAAUUCCUGUACAAGACAGAUGUUAACUUAACCUUCCAUGCCUAUCCUUUGGAUAGGCCCCAGUUUGUUAUUGUCACAGACUCCAAUUAUGUAGUUGUGCGUAUGACGACGUGGCUCCCUCGAUGGAAGUUGGAAGGUCCAGCGGAAAAGCGCCCCACCAAUCUCGAUUUAUUCCGGAGGUUAGAUCUCCUAACCUCUCCUAACACGACCCUUGGAAUACACAGAGACCCAAAAAGGUUUUUGGAAGAUCGGACGAUAGGAAAAUUACGAAGCGAGUCCGCGAAAGACGCGGCCCGCGCCGCAUGA